UACAUAAAUUUUAAUUUUAAUACCAAUAUAGUUAAUAAAAUGUGUAUUUUAUCUAUUUGAAUGUUGAGAUUUAAACUGAUUGGUUUUACGUGGCUUGAAUGUGUAAGCGGCCAUCUUAACAACUGAUCACGUGAUGUUUCUCUAACAGAAAUCUGAACACAAAUAUUCAAAAAAAAGCUGCGAGUAUCGUCUUUUUGAAAUGGAUGUCGAAAAAAAAGUUUUCUCAUCGACGAUAAUAAGAACACAGAAUCAUAUUAAAAACAAUUUGCAAGAAAUAUUGAAUAUUGUUCCUGCCACGCCUAUAGUAGAUAAACUAGAAAAAGUUAGCGACUUGAAUUUUAUACAUAAAAUUGACAAAUAUUAUGUACCAAAGAAAAAUAAUGGAACGAAAGUUAAAACUGUACAAGAUAUUCGAAAGAUUUUUGAAUCGGAUGUUAAUAGUUAUUUGCCAGAUGAGUUAGAAAAACAGAAAAAUGUGUUGUUAUGUAAAAUUAGACUUGGUUCGUCAAGAGACGAAGAAACAAAAGAAACAGCUAAAAAAAUGCUAAAAUCAAGUUCUCCUAUUUCACGAUCGGCUUGGCAAAUGCUUAUAAAUAUUAACCCAGAGGAACAAAAAUUUGCUCAUCAAUAUGUUCGUUUUAAUGGGAAAUAUAUUCAAAUAAAUGGCAGUAAAGGUGGGAAUUGUAAGUUUAUAUAUAAGCAUGACAUUGGUAAAAUCAAGGAAUUUUCUGUAAAUAAUUCAACAUACAGACGAAAUAAUUUAAAGAAAAAAAAAGCAUUGCUUCAAAAUUCGUUAAAUGUUAAAUUUAAGCCAGGGCCAUUGACAAAGAAAAAAAGUCUAGAUACUUCCUACCAAAAAUAUCAGUUUGGUGACAUAGAAUUAGUCACAUUACCGAAGCCUGGUCUUGACCUACAACCGUCUUAUGGUAAACCUUUGGCUCCAGUUAUCAAUACAUUUCUUCAAAAUACCUUUUUGUUAAAUUCUAACGGAGUAAUUAGUCCAAAAUGGGCAGAUUUUGCAGUUACAGUUUUGGGAAAAAAUGAAAAGGGAAUUCCAGUUCAAUUAAAAGAUAGCUGUAAUGUUACGUUUGAUUUAGAUUACAAAUGUUUUCAACAUAGAAUACUUAUGCGUAACGAUAGUGAUAUUAUACACCUUGAAAAAGUACAAAGAGUUCCAAUACAAACAACCGAAGAUGAUUCAGUUAUACUAUCGGAAGUGAUUAGCGUCGUAGAUAAUAUAAUUGAUGCUGUCGAAAUUAGCUUAAAUCAAGAUGAAAUGUUUUUUGGAGAAGACGAAACACGAGAAGAAAUAAUAACAAACAGCAGUUCUAAUACAAAUCACCUCAAAGAAAAAGGGAAACGAAAAUAUGGUGAGCUAGGUAGGCUUGAUGUUACUGUUAUCAGAAUUUCAGAUACAUCAGAAUUAAAUGCUAAAAAUGUGUGUUCCAAUGCUCAUUGUACUUUAGGGUGUAUUUGUGAUUCAUUAAAUUAUUCUUACGGCUUGAAAGUACAUUGUGGACGAUUUGAAUGUAUGUUUCAAUGUAAAUGUGACUAUUCGAAUUAUAGACUUUCGGAUUCAUUUGAUAAUGAUUGUACCGAUAUAUUGCCGGGGUUAGUGAAUUUAGACCAAAAAUUGGGACAAACAUUAGCGAAAGAAGAACAAAAAUUUCAUCAAACUGUAAUAGUAACUGAUGACAAAAGUAUAUUGUUGAAAUCACAAAAAAGAAAUUGGAAAACUUCAAAAAAGUAUGCUGAGUUUUUUAGUAACAUGCCCUUAAAAACGAAAGAUAAUACGAAAAAAACCUUGUCGGUUCUUUGCACAAAUCUUAAACUUAAUAACGUUGAGCCUUGGUGUAUGGUCCACAAUUUGUAUAAAUGUUUUUGUAAGGGUAAAUUUACAAAAAGUUUUUCUCCGGGAGUCGAUGAACCUGUGAAUACAAAUAUUAAAAUUCCUGAAAAAAUUAAAAAAGUGGUUAUAAAUAUUGAUCUAACUCGGCAAGAAUUAUCCUUAGAUAACAAAGCAAAUAGGAAACGUUCUAUUUAUGAUAGUAAUGAGUCAUCAUUAGAUUCUUUUGACUACUUUGAAAGUGUUAAAUGUAUUAGAACUCUGCCUUAUAGGGGUAGAAAACAUUGUGAGGAAUACUACCAUACUACUAAUAAAAAAAUAUUGGAAAUGGAGCGAAAUGACAAAACUUUACGCAAGAAAUUGGCAAGCUUAAUUAAUAAAGAAGAUUCUCAAGAAAAUAUUGCUACGCAAAAUGUUAAUACCUCUGAUGUUAUCGACUCAACCUCAAAUGAUUUACUGAAUAAUGUUAUUGAACAAAUUCCACUAGAGUAUAAGGACGUUAAAAAAUUAUCAAGUACAAAGCUUGUCACGUGGCUUGAAUCAAAUUAUAAGCAAUAUAAAGAACGAAGUAAUCAAGGUCCAAUUAAACAUUCUUUGCAUCCACCAAGACUGGGUACAAUGGCCUUAUAUCCAUGGGACUUCAUAUUAGAUAGAUAUCGAGGAAAAAAAAAUUACUUUCUCAUAUCAAAACAACAACCUUAUCGUAUUUUCAUGGCGGUAAAUAUAAAAAAUUCUUUGUUUGAUAAUUGUAUUAAUAUAAAUGACAUUGCUUUAUCCGACCUUGAUAAAUACCCCAUAACGGUAAAAAACUUACUUACAAAUGCAACCGAUCUAAAAGAUAAUUUUUGUAUUUUAUGCGGACUAUCACAUUGUUGGGAGUUGGUUGGUUCGGUUACAAAAGUAAAUAAUAACAGAAGUAACGUAGCACAAGAAAAUGAGAUAGAGACAAUUAUUUCACAACGACCCAAGUCUCAAAGUGAAUGCAGUUCUGAUUUAGAAUUUAUGCCGGUAAUUACGGAUAGCUCUGCAGAUGAAUUGAAUUGUUCAUUGGAAAAUGUUUUUAAUCAGACACCCGAAAAUACUCCGGAACAAUCUAAAUGGUUUGUAAUGACGGUAGUAAAUGAUUUUACAGAAAUUAGAUUUUACAAAAGAGGAUUUUUUGUCAAAUAUGAAAGUAUUAUGAAAGCAAUCAAUGUUGCAAAGGUAUCAGGUAAAACGGUUAAACUUUCAUCACAAAAUUGCAGUUAUCCUCAAAACAAUCCAAGUUUUGGUAUUUAUGCCAUACCAAGUGAUACAGAAAAUUAUGUUUUUAUCGGUCCGUAUGAAAAAGAUGAGGCAUUAGGUAUAGAAACUAUAAGAAAUAUACAUGAUGUAAGAAAAACUAAUUGCACAAGAGGUAGAUGGAUAACUACUAAUAAAAUUGAUAACUUAAAUGUUAUAGAUAAUCCUUUAAUGUAUAUGCCAUCGAGUAAUGCAGACAGUAAUAAUAUGCUAAGCUUAGACACUGAAUCUAGCUCAAAAGAUGGUACAAACGAGUAUCAACAAGUUUCUGAUAAAAGCACAACCUCAACUGGUUCUAAGCAAAACACUAAUAAAGGGGUGGUAGGGAAAGUAGUUAAACCUAUAAGAAUACGAAAGGAAAAUGGUUUUUUCCAACUUGCACCGAAUGGUUUGUUAAAACAGGUACCUAUACAUAAUAAAGAUACAUUAAAAUACAAAAACGCUUUUCUUGUUAAAAAGAAUAUGUUAAUAAAUAAAGAUACUAAUAGUUCAAAUGCACCUUUGUUAAAUUCACCUUUACUAUUGCGUCAAGGUGGAGAACAGGUGGGAAAAGAAAUAAUGUUACAAAAUCAAAAACCCGUACAAGAAAUUGCACAUCAAGCAAAAACACUUAAGAAUGUUGGUCAUACGAAUGAGAUACAAAGAAGAAAAUUAGAGGGGGGUAUGUUUAUAUUAAAACCAGAAGAGAUUAACAAAAGAUCUUUUGAAAAUCAAUUAUUAUGUAACCAACAGAAAACUAACAAACAAAAUUCUGUUGAUGGAAGCGAUAUGGACUUAGAAGAAUUUCUUGAAAAAUUCGUAGUAAAUACAAGAACUCAGUGCUAUGUUAUUUCGGAUGACGAAGACGACAGCAUUAGUAACCUUUGCACUAAAGAUAAUACAUGUAAAGAUGUUUGGAUUGUGUGUAAGAAUAUAGAGAAUCUAGGUUGGAUCCCUGGCAGGCGGAAUUCUGAAAAUAGAUUGAGUUUUGAAUUUCCCGGGUUUAAAUACACCGAAUUCUAUAACGAAGACGAAGCGUUUCAUAAAAUAACUCAGGUGAUGUCUAGAAAAAUUUAUAUACCGAGGCAUAUUCAUUUAGAGUGGCAUGCGCUUGAGUCCUUACCUGAUAGCAACAACAAGAACAAAUUAGAGGCAAAAGACUUAACUCCAGACUACGUGUUGACUCAAAAAGGCUUUCAGCACAAACGUGAGUUGUUGAAAAAUACAAAAUCAAUAAAAAAUGUGGAUUCUCCAAGCACCGCUCUUUAUGAAUUUCUUACGCACGACCUUACGGAUAAGAAUAAUGUAAUUACUAAAUUAAAAGAAACUAGUAAUAACUUAGAAGAAGAAAGUUUGUUUCUUAGGAAUAAAACGAUGGCAAAGAAAAGAGAAAUAUUGAAAUCGUUUUCUAAAGCGACGGAAGAUCUUCGCAAGGAAUUGAUUGAUCAGCUAAAUAAUAUAACAAGUGACGCUGAAGACUCUGAAUAAAGUGUCAUAUAGUGAAAAGGGACCGUUUCAUCAAAUAAUGUACAAAACGUAAUCGAUUUUUGGGUUCUCGAUAU